ACCCCGCCUGCCGAUAAGAAUCCACUGAAAGACGCCUAAAAAUCGGACCUUUUCAGCGGUCAUUCCGGCCUCACGAUGGCUUCAGUUUCUGUCACGAGCUUACGAACUUAAAGAUACGGGACCGCAAGGGCGGAGUUUCCUAAUUCGGCUUGGCCAUUAUUUGCCUCAACACCUUAGACGAAGUCCUAUAGGCUUCUUAUUUAAGAGAUUCCGACUUCACUUUUAUACGGCUUUUGUGUAGAUUUUAUAUCAUAGAAUUUCAAUUCAUUCGUUGUACAUGUUAAUAUUUUCUAAAUCGAGGCUUAUUUUCCACUUUCAAUUCAAAGUCAUUAUUUAGUAUUAACUAACAGCGACGGCACAACUCAAAAUGGAUUUCAUAGCUCCGCCUUUUGAGGUCACCUUCAAAGCCCUCUUAUUCGACAUGGAUGGCACCAUCAUAGACUCCACCGCCGCAGUUGUGAAGCACUGGCACACCAUCGGAAAGGAAAUCGGCGUUGACCCCGAGGUGAUCCUGCAGACGUCUCACGGCCGACGGAGCAUAGACAUGCUCAAGAUCCUCAGUCCGGAGAAGGCGAAUUGGGAAUACGUACGCCACAUGGAAGCCCUCCUCCCCCGCCUCCACGGCUCCGACGCCGUCGAGAUCCCCGGCGCCCGCCCACUCCUAGACUCCCUCAUCGCCUCCUCCGCGCGCUGGACCAUCGUGACCUCGGGCACAGAGCCGCUCGUCCACGGCUGGCUCUCCGUGCUCAACCUCCCGCAACCAGAACACCUAGUCACAGCCGAGAGCGUCGCGAACGGCAAGCCGGACCCGGCGUGCUACCUCCUCGGGCUCUCGAAGCUGGGACUCGCGCCCGCGGACGAUGGUGCGCAGACGCUAGUGCUGGAGGACAGCCCCGCGGGCAUCCGCGCCGGAAAGGCCGCCGGGUGCCGGGUCCUCGGGCUCGUGACGAGCCACGGCGCCGACGCGGUGCGGGACGCCGGGCCGGACUGGGUCGUGCGCGAUCUGCGCUCCGUGAGCCUCGUCCGCGUCGACGAGGCCGCGGGCACCGUGACCCUAAGGUUCGCGGACGCGCUGGCUCCGGUGGCUGCGAAUGGGGGCGAGAGUACCUAGACUUAGGGCAAUGGGAGGUGGAGAUGGGAGAUGGGAGAUGAAGAAAAAAAAAUGGGAAGAAGUUGUUGUUGUUGAGAAAUGAAGGGG